UUUGAUGCCAUGAAGUCAUCAUCAACAUCGUAAUUUUACAAGAUUUAGCUAGUUCAAUCUAAAACCGUUCUAGUUUCAAAAUUUAUUCCAGUAAUUUGUUGCAUUACUUACAACAAAUGGUAAAACUUCUGUUACAUUGCCAUUGUACUAAACGUUAUUCAACUUUCGCAACAAAAAAAACAUCUGAACGGUCGAUUUAAAUCACACAUUUUGAGCUGGUCACCCUGUGCGCUGUGUUUACCUGUCACAGGCUGUCAAAGUGUUCGAUGGAAGUUUCGUUUACGUUUUUGGAGCUAAAAUUACAUCACAUUGUCCGCAACCGGCUACAGUAAAUGUAUCGCACGAUCCGCCCUCUCGCAGGACGUAAAUACGCCCCGGACAGGUGAAGUUUAAGCUACGGAGGAACCAUUUCAUCAUCUCGCUGCAGUAAAUAACGAACGCCUCCCCCGAGACAAGAAGAUGCCGGCAGCGGAACAACCACUGCCCAACAACCAUCACCAGAACGGUAAAGAACCGGCCGCACCAUGCCGAACGUGUAUGGAUUUCAAAUCGUGGUCCAAACAGCAGCGCAAAUCGCUCAGCACCAGCGCCGGAACGGCCAGCGUUGCGAAGGCCGGCAGUGAGGGCGAGGUUGCAGCCCACCGGAAGGCGGACAGCUCGGACGAUCGGAGCGGUGGAUCACCGCCGAACUGCCCCAUCGACAAGGAGCAGCUGGGCCGGUACACGUGGGGCUUGCUGCACACGAUAGCGGCCUACUAUCCGACCACCCCGACCGAUGCGGAAGAGCGGAACGUGCGGACAUUCUUUACCUCCCUGUCGAAGCUUUACCCGUGCGAAUACUGUGCGAAAGACUUUCAGCAAGAGUUGAAAGAAAUGCCGCCGGAAACAAAGUCCCAGCACGCCCUGUCCCAGUGGCUCUGCCGGAUACACAACCGCGUCAACGUGAAGCUGGGCAAACCCGAGUUCGACUGCACCAAGGUGAACGAACGGUGGCGGGACGGUUGGUUGGAUGGGUCCUGCGAUUGAAAACACAUGCGUGUCUGGUGGUGCUUGGUGCGUUUUCGGCAAUGUGAUGUGUGUGUGUGAGAGAAAAUUUACCUCCCCCGAACUAAGUUUUGUGCUCGUUGUAUGAUAAACGUACGUGUAAUACGCGUUUGUAGAUUAAAUUUAUUUCACUUAAGCUUUUACCAACCGUA